AAGUAUCGCAGCUACACACACUACCUCAAGAAAGCUGAGGUGGCGAGGAACACUCCAGCCUGGUGGCUGACCUAUAGACAGUAUCAGAAGCAAGAGGACCCUGAGCAUGGUGGCCAGAAUUUUCGUAUACACUGACACAAAAACGUUAACUAAUGUGCCCUCCUACAAUAUGUACAGUGGCCUUUGCCAGGAGGACCUUUAUGGCACUGGAGGUAGCUAAUGCACUUACUGGUUCAAGUAGUGUUAUCAGCCAUUCAGCCCUGCUUUAGAAGAUGUAAAUAUAUAGAUGAAUUACAACCUACACAGAAUACAUUUUAAUGUAAUGACUGACAGCCAUUCUGAACUUGAGCACCACGCGCAACAAGAAGUUGCCCCCAUCCCUCCAGCUAAUUGGGCAACUUUUUCACUGUUGUUUUUGUCUGAGUGAGAGAAAUGCUGUAAAUUAAGAGGGCUGUAUGUAUUUUGAAAGAUGAGACAUUGAGGAUUAUAAUAAAUACUGCUUUGAUGUCAUACAAGCAAGCCAAAUGUAAGUCCAAAUGUGCACUUGACAUUUCCAUAUCAUAAAACUCAUGUCAUAAACAGUGUCAACGUUUAUGAUCACUAUGUUUGAUGUACAGUUACCAGAUGACAUGGCGUCAUACCAUGGGUUGUUCUGAAAAUAAUGAAUGUUAAGAAAAUUUGCCACGGCACACGCACCUCAAUGUACUCAUGACUACUUUCUAUGCGAACCAAAAUGUUGAUCUGUCUCCCGGAAUUGCAUUGUGAAAGCCUAACACUUUAAGAUCGUAUUUUAUAACUUAGCUAGUCAUGUUGGCAAUAGAACAGGCAUUCAAAUAAUGCCCACCUGACCCAGAUUGUGAUUCAUAAUGGACUGUUUUUGGAUUGCGUAAACAACAGUAAUUGUGAUGGCAGGUAUGCAGUGUUGUGUUCAAAACAAGUACAAGUGUGCUUGUUCUAGUUCCUCAACGGCACAGCUAGGAAAGCUCAAAAGCACCUUAUAGUUGAAGACAUUUCUUUGAGUCACAAAAGUGCAUUGAAAUUACUUAGGAACUGUGCAAACUUUGGAGAUGUUGUCUUAUGUUGCACCUACCCCACAUUUUCCAGGAAUAAUUUUGUUACUUAAUGUAUCAAAAGUAUUUUCUGAUUUUGUAAUCAACAAAUGCUGAGAAAAGUACAGUAUAUACAGUUGAAGUCGGAAGUUUACAUACACUUAGGUUGGAGUAAUUAAAACUUGUUUUUCAACCACUCCACAAAUUUCUUAUUAUAGUUUUGGCAAGUCGGUUAGGACAUCUACUUUGUGCAUGACGCAAGUAAUUUUUUCCAACAAUUGUUUACAGACAAAUUAUUUUACUUAUAAUUCACUCUAUCACAAUUCCAGUUUGUCAGAAGGAUACAUACACUAAGUUGAUUGUGCCUUUAAACAGCUUGGAAAAAUCCAGAAAAUUAUGUAAUGGCUUUAGAAGCUUCUUACGGCUAAUUGACAUCAUUUGAGUCAAUUGGAGGUGUACCUGUGGAUGUAUUUCAAGGCCUACCUUCAAACUCAGUGCCUCUUUGCUUGACAUCAUGGGAAAAUCAAAAGAAAUCAGCCAAGACCUCAGAUUUUUUUUUUUGUAGACCUCCACAAGUCUGGUUCAUCCUUGGGAGCAAUUUCCAAAGGCCUGAAGGUACCACAUUCAUCUUUACAAACAAUAGUACGCAAGUAUAAACACCAUGAGACCACGCAGCCGUCAUACUGCUCAGGAAGGAUAUGCGUUCUGUCUCCUAGAGAUGAACGUACUUUGGUGUGAAAAGUGCAAAUCAAUAACCAGAACAACAGCAAAGGACCUUGUGAAGAUGCUGGAGGAAACAGGUACAAAAGUAUCUAUAUCCACAGUAAAACAAGUCCUAUAUCGACAUAACCUGAAAGGAAGAUGCCACUGCUCCAAAACCGCCAUAAAAAAGCCAGACUACGGUUUGCAACUGCACAUGGGGACAAAGAUCGUACUUUUUGGAGAAAUGUCCUCUGGUCUGAUGAAACAAAAAUAGAACUCUUUGGCCAUAAUGACCAUCGUUAUGUUUGGAGGAAAAAGGGGGACGCUUGCAAGCCGAAGAACACCAUCCCAAGAAUGGGCCAAAAUUCACCCAACUUAUUGUGGGAAGCUUGUGGAAGGCUACCCGAAACGUUUGACCCAAGUUAAACAAUUUAAAGGCAAUGCUACCAAAUACUAAUUGAGUGUAUGUAAACUUCUGACCCACUGGGAAUGUGAUGAAAUAAAUAAAAGCUGAAAUAAAUCAUUUUCUCUACAAUUAUUUUGACAUUUCACAUUCUUAAAAUAAAGUGGUGAUCCUAACUGACCUAAGACAGGGAACUGCACACAAAAUCAAGUGUAAUGGUUGGAUUCAGUCUUGUCAGUUGAACGGUUGUGUCCAGCUUUGGUCUAAUCAUUUUCCCAUAAUCUCCAAACGGUUCCCUUUCAAUUGGUAUCAAGGUUAUGCAUAUGCUUUUCAUAUUUAUUCUGUAAGAAACAUUUCAAUUCAGCCCUAUUAUCCAUAUAGGCCAAUUCCCACGUGUGUAAAGGCUUAAUAUGGAUGCGGGGUCUUUGUUGUUUUUCCAGUCAAGGUUCCCCUGGAUCGGGUGAAGGCAGGCUGGGAGGAGAUGAGUGGCACGUACGACGUCCAGAAGCUAGCGGAUAAUAAUAAUAAUAUGCCAUUUAGCAGACGCUUUUAUCCAAAGCGACUUACAGUCAUGCGUGCAUACAUUUUUGUGUAUGGGUGGUCCCGGGGAUCGAACCCACUACCUUGGCGUAUCACUAUGGGAUCUUCAAGGAUCUGUUCCCCAUGGCCUACUUCGUCCCCCGCGGCACACUGCGCGUCAGCUAUGACCAAGACAGCCCAGCACAAGUACAUUAUGGGAACCGCUUGACGCCCACAGAGGUAAGAGAAAUGGAUCGUAGGGGAUACAGUAGUUUUCAUAACAGAUACUUCGACAGUUAUAGUAUAUUUUUUUAGCUCUCUGAAUCCUGCAUGCCUCUCUUUUUCUUAUAUUUCACCUUCUGUCCUCUGUGUGUGACAGGCUGCUAUGGCACCUCAGGUCAGUUUUGUGUCAGAGGAGGGCUCCCUAUGGACACUGCUGCUCACCAGCCCAGGUAAGACAUACACCAUCAGAGAAUACCAAGAGUUUUGUAAUCCAGUUCUUAACAUGUCCACAUGGUGGCACUGUGUCCCCAUGUGAAUGUAUGACUAAAGAAACAUUUACUGAAUGAUUCUUUCAUUUCAGACGAGCAUCUGCUGGACAGUGAAGGGGAGUAUGUGCACUGGCUGGUGUGAGUAUUGCAAUAAUGAUAAUUGUAUUGUGCUUUUGUCAAACUUGUAAGUGGUUUAAAUCGUCUGGGGGUAAGGGCAAUUCCACAGCAAGAGUGAUGCUGAGACUCAGUGCAUAUGUAAAGUUUGGUAACAGAAUGACGGCACCAACAGCACAAACCGUCAUUCUGUUACCCAACUUUGCAUCUGCACUGUUCUUCAAGUCUGCACUGUUCUUCAUGUGUUUUUGUAAAAUUGUCUGUGGAAAUUGUUAAAAGUAGUCCUUGUGCAUAGUUGUAUGGUUUGUUUAACUUUGCAGAGUCUCAACAUCACUCUGUUACUGUGGAAUUGCCCGUAACUAACUCCUUCCACCAACAAUAGGAUGAUGAUUGAUUAAGAUAAUGACCCUUUUUAGAUAAUCUGUUUUAAUUUAUGAACAUUAGUUUAAUUGCCAUCAGAAAAUGUAAACCUGUAAUUUAAAAUGAAAACAAUCACAAAUUGGUCGCCAAAAAAAAGCGAGUGAUUGAUGUCCUCUCCUUGUUUCCAGUGGGAACAUCCCAGGUGGGGCUGUGACAUCAGGAGAGGAGCUGUGUCAAUACCUGGCCCCGAUCCCCGCCAAGGCUACCGGCUUUCACCGCUUUGUCUACAUCCUGUUCAGACAGGAAGGAACCAUCGACUUCCAUGAAGACAUCUGACCGUCGCUAUGGUGACUACCAGGACAUAGAAGUAUCAUUUGCGCUCCAUGACCAUCCUCAAUCAUCCAUCCGUUAAUUUCACAGUAACAUGCUUCCCCCCUCUCUGCUCCCCCAGUGCAUCUCUGUCACAGCGGAGCUUUAAGACUGUAGAUUUCUACAGGAAUCACCAGGACCGCAUGACUCCAGCAGGCCUCUCCUUCUUCCAGAGUCAGUGGGAC